AUGAGUGAUUUGGAAUUUACUGAAAAUGGAAGAAGUGAGGUUUUACAGCACUGGGACGUUGGGUCGCUGCUGGUGUUUGGUGGCACGUGCUCACACUCCCACACCUGGUGCCACGUGCUCACCUUUAAAUUGCUUAGUUGCAUUUUCACACGCAACUUCGAUGCCCCAUUUUCAGAUGGUAAAACCGAUUAG